UUACUCCCGGGGAUGGUCAGUCUUUUCUCGGCCGCGACACAGUAUCUAGCUGCGAUAACUUGAUUCUCAGUGCAGAAACGGGUGCAUAUUAGUGCAUAGAAAGCAAAAUGUGUGACGAUGAUGCAGGAGCGCUUGUUGUUGACAAUGGAUCUGGAAUGUGCAAGGCCGGCUUCGCGGGAGACGAUGCUCCGCGUGCCGUCUUUCCGUCGAUCGUCGGUCGCCCUCGCCACCAGGGUGUAAUGGUCGGUAUGGGUCAGAAGGACUCGUAUGUCGGUGAUGAAGCUCAAUCGAAACGUGGCAUCCUCACGCUGAAAUAUCCCAUCGAACAUGGCAUCAUUACCAAUUGGGACGAUAUGGAGAAGAUCUGGCAUCACACUUUCUACAAUGAGCUUCGAGUGGCUCCUGAAGAGCAUCCAGUGCUGCUGACGGAAGCUCCGCUCAAUCCAAAAGCUAAUCGCGAGAAAAUGGCACAGAUUAUGUUUGAAACGUUCAACACCCCAGCAGUGUACGUAGCCAUCCAGGCAGUACUUUCUCUGUACGCUUCCGGUCGCACCACUGGCAUUGUUUCUGAUUCUGGUGAUGGUGUGUCCCACUGCGUUCCCAUUUUUGAAGGUUAUGCUCUGGCGCACGCUAUUCUCCGUUUGGAUAUGGCUGGUCGUGACUUGACCGACUACCUGAUGAAGAUUAUGACCGAGCGAGGAUACUCCUUUACCACCACCGCUGAGCGGGAAAUUGUUCGCGAUAUCAAGGAAAAACUAUGUUACGUUGCUCUGGACUACGAACAAGAGUCCUUGGCUGCUUCGUCAUCUUCAUCGCUGGAGAAGUCGUAUGAACUCCCGGACGGUCAGGUCAUUACCAUCGGUGCUGAACGCUUCCGCUGUCCAGAAGCUCUCUUUCAACCGUCUUUCCUGGGCAUGGAAACUGCCGGCGUACACGAAACUGUUUAUAGUGCAAUCAUGCGUUGUGAUGUAGAUAUUCGUAAGGACUUGUACGCUAAUAUUGUCUUAUCCGGUGGAACUACAAUGUAUCCUGGUAUUGCUGAUCGUAUGCAGAAGGAGAUUACCGCCCUCGCUCCGACCACCAUCAAGAUCAAAAUUAUCGCCCCACCGGAACGAAAAUAUUCAGUCUGGAUAGGAGGAUCUAUCUUGGCUUCGCUGUCCACCUUCCAAUCGAUGUGGAUUUCCAAGCAGGAAUAUGACGAAUCUGGUCCAUCAAUUGUGCAUCGAAAAUGUUUCUGAGGGUGCAAAUGGCAUCAAGUUAUCGUAUUUUCUAUUACAAAAGCAAUUUUGAUAUUCACGUGCAUUAUGAUUAGUCACGUUUUUGGUACCGACAAUACUGUAUUUAUUGCAUAUCUUUUGAUGCUUCAAUAAAAUAUAUUUAAAAGUUA